UUAGUGUUUAUAGAGAGAGAAAAAAAGUGGGGGGAAAAGAUGAGAGAAAAAUGGAGUCAUGGAUGUGAAUUUGUCCACACAAGUGAAGUGCACUCUUAAAAAAAGGGGCUCCCCUCUUUGAUUUUUUUGUUUCCAAACGCACCCCAUCACUCAAUUACACAGCGUCGUCUAUCUCUCUCCGUGCCGGGCAUAAAGCCCAUGUAAAUACGUUGGUUAUAAAAUAUAUUUAUUUUGUCUUUCUGGGGGCAGUAUUUAGGGCGGACCCUCUGAAUUGCAGAAAAAUAGCCAAGGCGCGCACAUCACUGACCUCGAUAAAAUCCACUAACGCCUACUUGUCACUGCUUCAACACACAGAGAACGGGAGGUUAUGGUUUGGAUUGCAAAUCGGUUCAAGGGUUGCAUGGUGGGUCGGGCAUUGAAGCUGGGAUAGGGCUAAACAUACUUUCAUCGUGUAGGGUUGAGAAGAUGGAUGAUGAGGAGAAGAAGUCCGGUUCUAAACGGAGAUUGAAGCAUAUAGAGAUUGGAUUUGAUUCAGAUGAUGAUGAGCCUAUUGGGUCUAUAUUUAAGUUGAGGAGGCAGACAAACCCUAAGAAGGUAAAGUUGGGAUUGGACAGUGGUGGUAAGACUGGGGAGAAGUUGAAGAGUGUUGAAGCUAGGGCAGAGAAAUUGGUGGGGGAAGAUGAGGAGUUGGGGGGAAUGGAUGAUACAUUGGCGAGCUUUAGGAAGAAACUAAGAGGUCCAAAGAAAGAUACUGGAUCUGGAACAGCAGUGGUUAGGGGAUCAAAUUUGAAUGUGGUGGAACUGAAGGAUGUGGAGGAAGGUAGAGGAAUUCGCGAUUAUGGUUCUGAUGUGACUAUGGACAAAGGGUUAGAAAAGAAGUUGAAAAGAAAAUCUAAGAGAUCCAAGAUUGUUUCCACAAAGAAGAAAACUGGAGAUUCAGUGUGUCAAAGGUCAGAGGGUUCAUCAUUACAGGAUCAAAAAGAGAUGGGCUUAUGGCUUGAGAAAGGUUCAAAUCAUUCUUCAGAUGAAAACUUGGAAGAUUCGCUGUCUGCAUUUGUUCGAAGGGCACAAUCUGGUUUGAUUAGGAGAUCUCGCACUUCUUGUUCGAAAAAGAAAAGGGGGCCUCAGGGUUUGGAGGAUGGAUUGAGCCAUAGAUGUGAAGGUGUAUCAGAGGAUUCUCACGCUGUGGUUGUAAAGAUACCUCGCUCCUCAUCUGGUUCAAGGCUGAUGCACGAAAAUCUGACAUCCAAAGAUAGUUUGCACCCAGUUUCUGAUAGAGGUCUAGUAGAUUUGGGUCCUGAAAAAACUAAAACAGUAGAAAAUCUGAGGCCCGGUGAUGGCUCUGGUGAAGUUUUCAACCACAUAAAGAAAAUUCUACAAUCUGUUGAUCCAAUUAAAGGGGUUUCUUCUGUUCCAGGGGCUACUGAUGACAUUUCAAGAUCUAGUGAUGACAGAGUCGAUCAAUCUUCUGAAUCAAUUAUGGAGGAUACAAAUCAUAUUACUGCACUGCAACAACCUCAUUCUCACUUGGUGGCAUAUUCCAACAGGAGUAUAGAACACCAAUACAGUGAAUCCAAUAGAUUAACAGAAAGGGUUCAGGAGGAAAACACAGUGGUUCCUUGUGACUCAAACCAAUUCUGUGAUGGAGAUUCUGAAGAGUUCAUUCAUAAGCAAAUGAAAGAAAAUUCUUCUGCUUCUAUACAUAAGACCAAGUUGGACACUCAGAAUUUGAAAGAUGUGUUGAGGCAUUGUUCAAUGGGGAAAACAACUGAUUUGGUGCAUGGUGCCGUUCAAAAGCAUGUUGCUGUCGCAAAACAGGGGGGAGAAAUCCAUGGAUCUGAUGAAGGUCAAUCGAGUGUAGGGUUCAAUGAUGCAUUGACACAACAACAUGAAGGUGUUGCGACAAUUUACCAUUCAAGUGCAGACCAGAAGGCUUGUUCUUCUUUGUCUGAAAAGGGAACUGUGGCCCAUUGCUUUGAUGAUAAUCUCUUAAAAAGACCACAUGAGACUGUAUCUAAGGGGACUCAUAAACAGAUCCCUGGAAAUAGCUUGGAGGUCUCCUUAAAAUCCCCAUCCUGGAACUCCUUGCCUGGAUAUGUGAAGAUCGAGGAGCCUUCAAAAUCUGAAACUGGGCUUGAUUUUGAUAAAUCUUCCCAGAAUGCUGAACUUCAUUCAGCUUACUCUGUCUUGAAUUCAAUGAAGAUGGGAGGAACUUCCAGUGAUAGUGAUGGUCCAAAUCAGAUUCCUUUUACCUCCAUUGAGGAGCCUGAUUGUGCUUCAGUGGAUUUGGAAAAGGAGGAAGAUGCCUUAAUACCUGAUGCAGGGCUAUCUUCCAUCGCUCCAACCUCAGCUGGAGUUCAUGAAUCUGGGUUUGCUUCCCAGAUGGAUUGUCCGGAGAAAUCUGUAGAAACCGAUCAUCUGGAUGAGUCUUUCCCCUUAAUCCAGAAGUGCGACUCUGAUUUUCAUCAAAAUCAACCUUCUCAUGAUGCAUCAAGGGGGGAUCAUGUUCCAAUUCAUGAUUAUCUUUCUGCCAGUGAAGAGGCCAAUGGAGCCUCUUCUCCAUCCAUAACUCCAGACAAAAAUGACGCCUAUCCAGAAGAUGCUGGAUCCAUGCCUGAUCCUGAAAUCCAGGAUAAUAAGUCAUCAUCAGCUCAGCGCACGUUGCGCAAGCCUAAGAAGCAUAGGCAGAGGGACAUGGCUUAUGAGGGGGAUGCUGAUUGGGAGAUUCUGAUACAUGAGCAAAGUUUUCCUCAAAGUCACCUGGUUGAAGAUACUGACCAGCCCUUAAGAACAAGAGGGAAGUUUGAUUCCUCUCUAAAUAUGGUUUCAGGGACUGAUAAUGGUGGGGCAGCAGCAGUAUCAGUUGGGCUGAAAGCUCGUGCAGUUGGUCCAGUUGAAAAGAUAAAGUUUAAGGAGGUCUUGAAGCGGAAAGGUGGGCUUCAAGAAUACUUGGAAUGCAGGAAUCUUAUCUUGGGUCUUUGGGGUAAAGAUAUGAGCCGCAUUUUGCCCCUUGCAGACUGUGGAGUGGCUGAUACGCCUUCCAAGGAUGAACCACCACGUGCUUCCCUAAUAAGGGAGAUCUAUGUGUUUCUUGAUCACAGAGGUUAUAUAAAUGUUGGAAUUGCUUCUGAAAAGGAGAAAGCAGAUCCUGAUUCUAAGCAUAAUUACAAACUUCUAAAAGAGAAAACCUUUGGGGAAAAGUCUGGAAUUGCUAUUGCUGAUUCAGAGGAUGGAGUUUCGUUUAUCCUAGGUCAGGGCAGGAGUUCUGAAACUUCCACAGAGGCAAAGAGUGGCCUUGUAUUUGAUGAUGAAAACAAGGCAUCAGAUGGAGCUGUUGUUGAUCUAAGGACAUUGGAGCCAUCCACUCUGGUUGAACCCAAAGAAUGCCUGGCAGAUGAUUACCAGGAACAUGGUUGCAUGGAUGCAAAUGAAUUCAACAGAAAAGUCAAUUUGGAUGUUUCGGAGUCAUCAUGCAGAAUAGAUGACAGUGGAACAAUUCCUACUAUAGCUCCAGAGUUGAUGAAUGAGUCAUGUGGUGUUGAAUCUGCCUCAAUGGAUAGUGCCAAGAGGGAUCACAAUGUGCAGUUUGAUUCAGAUGUCAGAAAAAAAAUCAUUGUUGUUGGAGCUGGUCCUGCUGGCUUAACUGCAGCACGCCACUUGCAACGCCAUGGUUUUUCUGUCAUUGUGCUUGAGGCUAGGAGUAGAAUAGGGGGUCGUGUUUAUACAGACCACUCAUCUCUUUCAGUUCCUGUGGAUCUUGGAGCUAGCAUCAUUACAGGUGUUGAGGCUGAUGUAGAUACUGAAAGAAGGCCAGAUCCUUCCUCAUUAGUUUGUGCUCAGUUGGGACUUGAGUUAACUGUCUUGAACAGUGACUGCCCACUGUAUGAUAUUGUAACAGGUCAGAAAGUCCCUGCGGAUUUGGAUGAAGCUUUGGAAGCUGAAUACAACAGUCUCCUUGAUGACAUGGUACUCAUUGUUGCACAAAAGGGGGAACAUGCAAUGAAAAUGUCUCUCGAGGAGGGUUUAGAAUAUGCCCUUAAAAGGCGUCGUAUGCCUCGAUUGGGAUCAGAUUAUACAGAAAAUGAACUGCAGAAUUUGGAUAAGCCUUCCCUUGAUUCUGAAAAAAUUAUUGUUGAUAGAAAAAUGCUUGAGAGGAAUAGUUCUAAAGAGGAGGUUUUGAGUCCUAUUGAGAGGAGAGUUAUGGAUUGGCAUUUUGCUCACUUAGAGUAUGGUUGUGCUGCGUUGCUCAAAGAAGUAUCUCUUCCUUACUGGAAUCAGGAUGAUGUCUAUGGGGGGUUUGGAGGUGCUCAUUGUAUGAUUAAAGGUGGUUACAGCUCCGUCAUUGAAUCUCUAGGAGAAGGGCUUCACAUCCUUUUGAACCAGGUGGUUACGGAUGUAUCAUAUAGCUCAAAGGACGCUGGAGGGACGGGUAGCCAGUGUAAAAAGGUGAAGGUUUCCACAUCAAAUGGCAGUGAAUUUUCAGGAGAUGCAGUCCUGAUUACAGUGCCACUUGGAUGCUUAAAAGCAGAAGCUAUCAAGUUUUUGCCGCCAUUACCCCAAUGGAAACAUUCUUCCAUACAGCGCCUUGGCUUUGGAGUGCUCAAUAAAGUAGUUCUGGAGUUUCCAGAAGUAUUUUGGGAUGACUCGGUGGAUUACUUUGGAGCUACUUCUGAGCAACGGAACUGGAGGGGGCAGUGUUUUAUGUUCUGGAAUGUCAAGAAAACAGUUGGGGCUCCUGUUCUUAUAGCCUUAGUGGUUGGUAAGGCAGCUAUAGAUCAUCAGGAUUUGAGCUCUUCUGAUCAUGUAAACCAUGCCUUGUCGGUCCUCCGUAAACUUUUUGGGGAGACUUCAGUACCUGAUCCGGUUGCUUCAGUAGUGACAAACUGGGGGAAGGAUCCUUUUAGUUAUGGUGCCUACUCUUAUGUUGCUGUAGGAGCAUCUGGGGAAGACUAUGAUAUAUUGGGAAGGCCUGUGGAGAACUGCUUAUUUUUUGCUGGUGAAGCUACUUGCAAGGAGCACCCAGACACGGUUGGUGGUGCAAUGAUGAGUGGGCUACGUGAGGCUGUGCGCAUAAUUGACAUAUUGACUACAGGAAAUGAUUAUACAGCAGAAGUAGAAGCAAUGGAGGCUGCACAGAGGCAUUCAGAAGGAGAAAGGAAUGAAGUUAGGGACAUACUGAAGAGACUUGAAGCAGUUGAACUCUCAAAUGUCCUGUACAAGAGCUCUUUGGAUGGGGAUCUGAUUUUGACCAGAGAAGCUUUACUCCAGGACAUGUUUUCAAAUGCAAAAACCACAGCUGGACGAUUGCAUCUGGCCAAAGAGUUGUUGACUUUUCCUGUUGAAGCUCUGAAGUCCUUUGCUGGGACCAAAGAAGGGCUUUGCACACUCAACUCAUGGAUACUGGAUUCAAUGGGGAAGGAUGGGACUCAACUCUUACGUCAUUGCGUUCGUCUUCUUGUGCUUGUUUCAACAGAUCUAAUUGCAGUCCGCUUGUCAGGUAUUGGUAAAACUGUGAAAGAAAAAGUUUGUGUACAUACUAGCCGUGACAUACGUGCCAUAGCAAGCCAGCUGGUAAAUGUGUGGAUUGAAGUUUUCCGCAAGGAAAAAGCUUCUAAUGGUGGACUCAAGUUACUGAAACAAACAACUGCCUCAAACUCUGCAAAGGGCAAAUCUUUCAAGGAUCUGGCUUCAGGAAAGCCACCUAUACGUGUGCAUCAUGGUGCACUAGAUUUUAAAGGAAGUUCACAGGUUUCUGCAUCUGCUCGAAGCCAUUCUCCUUCCAGUGCAAGUAUUAAGAAAGAUAAUGGGAAGCCAGUCAAGUUGGAAAGCAUGACUAACUCCAAACCGGAUGGUAAUCAAUCAAGGUCACCAGGAUCGGUAGGCAGAAUGGAUGUUGAGGGGGAGGAGGGCAAUAAUUUAAUGUCUGAAGAAGAAAAGGUUGCCUUUGCUGCGGCUGAAGCAGCCCGUGCUGCUGCUCUUGCAGCUGCUGAGGCUUAUGCAUCUGAAGCCAAGAGCAACACAUCACUGCAGCUUCCUAAGAUACCCUCAUUUCACAAAUUUGCUAGAAGGGAGCAAUAUGCACAAAUGGAUGAGUCUGAUCUUAGAAGGAAGUGGUCUGGUGGUGUUUCAGGAAGACAAGAUUGUAUAUCAGAAAUAGACUCUAGGAACUGUAGGGUUAGGAAUUGGUCUGUUGAUUUUCCUGCCGCUUGUGUCAACCUUGAAAGUUCGAGAAUGUCAGCUGAUAACCACUCGCAACGGAGCCAUUCAAAUGAUAUUGCAUGCCCGUUGAACUUUAGAGAGCACUCUGGAGAAAGUGCAGCCGUGGACAGUAGUUUAUUUACAAAAGCAUGGGUUGAUUCUGCUGGUAGUGUGGGGAUAAAGGACUAUCAUGCCAUAGAAAGAUGGCAAUCUCAAGCAGCAGCGGCUGAUUCUGAUUUCUACCAGUCAACUAGGCACAUACGGGAUGAGGAAGAUUCUAACACAAUUUCACAACCACCAACCUGGAAGCAUGAUAGACAGGCAAAUGAAAGCUCUGUUUCUCAUGUUACAGUAAACAAGGAGUUGGUGAAAAAUCAACCUAGAGGAGCAGAGAACAUAAAACAGGCUGUGGUGGAUUAUGUUGGAUCAUUGCUCAUGCCUCUUUAUAAAGCAAGAAAAAUUGAUAAGGAAGGAUAUAAGUCAAUAAUGAAGAAAAGUGCAACUAAGGUUAUGGAGCAGGCCACAGAUGUGGAGAAAACUAUGGCUGUUUCUGAGUUUCUUGAUUUCAAACGCAGGAAUAAGAUACGUUCAUUUGUGGACAAGUUGAUUGAGAGGCACAUGGCGAUGAACCCAGUUGGAAAUCCUUGAUGAUCUUGAAGAUUUAGCUGGGCAUUUUAUUAUUCUUGGAUGCCCUCCUGUAUAGCCAUUUGUUGUAAGUGGUAGGACACCAAAGGGUAUCCUCAGAUUGUGUUUCUCUGUUCACAGUGCUUCGUACAAACUGCUAAUUUGCUGCUAGUGAUCGAGAAGGUGCAGUUCAAUGAGGGAGAUGGUUCCUUGUAAGCAUCUACCUAAAUCGUAAUUGGCAGGGUUCCAUUUUGCAUUGCUCAAAACCUUUGGUGGCUUCUUGCGAUUUUGAUCAAAAUUCAAAAUGCAGUAUAAGAUUGAAGAUCAUUUUGGGGCUGUCAAAGAACUUACUGUUCUUGCAAACGAGCUCAAUGGAAGCAUUGUAGAUCUGGACAUCUUGAUCAUGGCAUCAGCUCAAUUCUAAGUUAACAUCGGUUAGUUGCGGCAAUUGGUUCGCAUCAAGGUUGUACUUUUAAGGGUAGAAAAUUAGACCCCUAUUUUUAUUCAGGGAUCCGCACAGAGGAGACAGUUAAUGUUUUUGACCUUUUCUUUCUUUUUCUCAAUAUUUGUACAGCUUAGGAUUGGUUUUUUCAACAAGAAUACAGCACAUUUUUCUCCAAUCCCCUAUGAAGUAAUUGAAUGUUAUCCUCAUUUUCUGAAGUUGAACAUCAAUCCUUAACUUAUUUUGUUAUUCUUGAAAAAUUGAAUGAAGGAAUGGGAUUUUCAUUCA